GGCUCCAUUCCCUCUCCGCCCCACCUGACCGUUUCUUCCUCGCCUCUUUCCGAAUCAUGCCUCGCCAGGUCUCGUCCCGCCUCGCCCGCGCGCGUCAGUAGUGUUGGUGAGGCUGUGGUCGUGGUCGGCGGGAGCGCUGUGGCUGCUCGGCGGUGUCAGUGUGUGUUGAGUCUGUGAUUGGAGCAUCUCGGGGCCUUGAAGACCCCGCUCCGCCAGCAGGGGAGCCAUGACCCCUGAGGUCACGCCGGGCCUCACCGUGCCCGAAGCAGGCCUGCUGCCGCCGCCCAGCCAUGGCGCGCACCCCAAGAAGGUCGCGAAGAGAAAAUCCAGUGAGGCGGAAAGAAGUGUUGCUCCGCGGGGCGCCGGCCGCGCCGCCUCGGUAGUGGACGUGUUCACGGAGAUGGGCAACAACGGGCGGGCGCGGGCCGGGCGGGAGGCGCGGGUGGAAAAUACCUCCGCUGCCAACAGGGCGGACCGCCUACAGGUUCGGCUCACUGUCCUUGAGGCUGAGGUUGGGCGGCUGCAGCAGCGAGGCCGCCAACUUGACCACCACCUGUCGCGGGUGCUGACGCAGGGCUCGUUGCUCACUUCCACCAUUGACGACUUCCACCUGAGGCUCGACGCGCUGGCCAGGUGUCACAAGGCUCUGACUCGGGCUGCUCAACACAACCACAAACCUGGGGAUGGGAAGAGUCAGUAGGGAGUGGGAGGACUCACUGCAGUGAACCCAGGCUGCUCAGGUCCCUGAAACUUUAGCCCAAUACGAUGAGUGUCAUGCAGAGGCACCAGUCGAUUAUAGUCAACCAUGGCAUAGGACCCCUCUUUCUCAUCAAGGUCACACAUCUUUCAGUAAGGCCGGGUGUAUAUGAGUGAGGGAUAUGAAGCCCAAGGUGUGCUUCAACCUCACCAGCGUUAUAUACUCAUCAACCGGAGUAGCCUCAAUAACAGGAUUGCAGUCGGCUAGAAAUGACCAUAGCUACUCCUUUGAGACGUGCAACAGCGCUCUGGCCUGAGCAGUAGUAGCAUAACCCCCUCUACCGAUGCCUCCAUAACCAGGUUUCCUUGUCCCAAAGAGCCUCAUCAUGUCCACUCAACCUCCUGAGUUCAUGUGACUGAUGGGGUACUUAAUGAUCUUCUGAGAGGUGUUCCAGGCACCCACACUAAGAGCCUGCCAGAGGUUGACCCUGGGCCUGGCUAGACAAGCUUGUGUCCCAUCUGCACCACCCUGGUGGUCCCCAAGAUGGGGGCUAAAAUUCACUCGUUCCUUCCCUCAGCCUGUCUCUAUAAUAAUCACCUGGAAUUCCCGACAUCAUUAACUCUGAGGAUGCUAGUGUUCACUGGGUAUAGCAUUGUUCUUCAUAUUCAUACAAUUCUAUUCCUUUACCUCUGGUUUUGAAACUCUUAUAAUAUAGUUUUAUGAAAAUGCAGUACUUCAUCUAAAAGAAAUGAUUUAGCAGAUCAGAGUUUCACAAAUGACAAUGGUGGAAUAUUGUUGAAAGCUUAAGAGCACAGGGAAGGGACUCCUGACCAACAUCCAAGUAACAGCAAAGCCUUCAAAAUAGAUGACAAAAAUUGACAUACGUCAAUUAUUUAUUUAUGCAUCUCAUGUCAAUUAUUUAUUUAUGCAUCUCACAAAGUUUUCCUAUGAUCUUAACAACUGUGCCCUACUGUGCAGGACACACACAAGGGUUAGUUAUGACUGGGAAGCAUCCUCAAGCAAUUUAUUUUUUGCUUGUUGAGGAUACACCUUAACAGAGGUAAGUGCAUGCUGGAACAAUCCUUAGUGGUAAUUCUGUCUUUGGGACAGUAUUUUGAGCUGUUGUGCAUGACACACACUCUGAGUGGGAGGGUAUGUAAGCCCUCUGGCUUACAAAGGGUAAAUGCUGACCCACCCAUUGACAAAGCCCACACUCUUGAUGUUACAGAGGCUGUGGCAAGGUUGAUGGAUGGAAGGGCAGUUGUUGUUUAUAACAACAAUACGGAAUUGCUCAAAGCUGGAGGUGCAGCCGUGAUCAGUUGGUUAGUGUUCCUGUCCACUGUUUGGCAGUGUAAUGCCAUUCCUCCCGACCAGAAAAAGGAACUGAAAAAAGAAAAGGAACUGUCAAGACUACAACUAUCACUGCAUUACACUGCUUAGUGUUCCAGGCAAGGUCUUGCCUAUCAAUUGUUCAUACAGAUUUGAAGCCAACUUGGGCAGCCUUUGUUUGAGUGGCCUGCGACUUAUAAACUGAAAGAGUGAGAGAGCAGAGGGGGGCUAUGUGCCUGGGGGGUAUGUCAACUUCCUGUGGGGUUACAUCCUGUGGGUCCUGGAGAGAGAGAGAGAGAGAGAGAGAGAGAGAGAGAGAGAGAGAGAGAGAGAGAGAGAGAGAGAGAGUAAACUAAGGAAUAUAACGUGACUAAGUUCUCAUAACCUUAGAUUACCGAGACUGUAAAAGUGAUGAAAGUUUAUGAUAUACUCUCUCAUCACUUUUACAACUUAAUGAGAAUUUUGUCACAUUACUCAUCAGUCUACUCCAUCAUAACAUCCUCCUCUACCUCCCAUCCUCACUCAUUCAACUGAUUCUGCCAUGUACUGGAUGCAAGCUUUCCCGAGUUGCCUGAUACCCUACGCCCCUGUCCACCCUGCAGUGAAUGGGUACCAGGUAUUAAUCGAGGGUUGUGUCCCGUCUCCUGGGGGUCUGUUCCCUUCUCCUAGAAUUCCUUCCCCCCUUCUCCUAGAAUUCCUUCCCCUUCUGCCUCUCUCUGGCAUAUGACCAUAGAUGUUGUGCUGACUAAACGAAACUUUCCAACUUUCCGAGCUGCCUUAGGACUGGAAACUCCGAUGGUUCAGUAACGAUGGCCGGUUGCGGGAGGGAGGUGAUGUACUUAAGGCUGCCUCAUCACUGUUGCCGGAAAUAAAAGUUAAUGUUUAGAAAAUACUCCUGAGGCCCAUGAUGUUAAGUCCAUUUAUGUCUCCAAUCAUAACACCAAUAUAUUUAAGAUAAGGCUGAAAAUACAAAUGUUUUUCCUUAUAUUUGAAUGUUUUGAAAAUGAGAGGCCAGUUGAUAUGAAAAGAAUGCGGUGAAGUGCACAUUGCUCCAGGAUAUACGUGGCUGUGCUAAGAAUGUUUACACCUUGUGAAAGUGCUUGCCUGUCUUAUGGGAAUUACGCUCAAUAAAUAAAACCGUGA